AUGUCUCACGAAUCCGUCUGGAACUCCCGCCCGCGCAGCUACGGCAAGGGCUCCCGCUCUUGCCGCGUCUGCAAGCACUCGGCCGGUCUGAUCCGCAAGUACGACCUCAACCUCUGCCGUCAGUGCUUCCGCGAGAAGGCCAAGGACAUUGGCUUCAACAAGGUGCGAACUCUACCCUUCUAUCACCAGAUAGCAAGAGGAUGGUAA